CGUAUAAGACGUAAACACGUGCACUUCCCUGGUUACAGGUUUCUCGUUUUUUCUAACCUGCUACCCCGCUCUAUCUCCCGCAUCAUUCCCUGACAACAGCAACGAUGGCGGAGCCCGUAGCAUCGGACGCAAUAGCAACAGACGCAGCAUCCCCGUCUCCCACCCCGGCGCUUUCUCCUGCUUUGAGUCCCGUGUCAGAGCCUCUUUCCAUGGCGCUCUCUCCUUCAGCAGGCGGCUCCCAACGACUUCUUUUCUCACACGAUUUAGUGUCGGGUCGGUACCGUGGUUCGGUCCGGUUUGGCCUUGUGAGAAUGAUGUAUGGCGAAGAAGAGUUUGAUUCAGACUCGGACUCGAACAUCGAAUCUGAUGGCGGAGGUAGAGGCGGUGGUAAAGGUGGAGGAGGCGGUGGAGGAGGUGGUGGCAUACCCUGCAGCUCAGAUAACGAGAGCGGUGCUGCGGACACCCGGAGUCGGCCUCUUGGAAGGGGGUUUGUGCGCGUGCAAUGGUACCCAGAAGGAGGAAAGCAGGACAUUCGAGAAACAAAGCUAAAACUCGAAGAUCGCUCCAUGGUUAUUCGAGACACCGUGCGACGGAUGAAUUCCAAUGACAACCAGUGUGGCAUCGUGACCAACAUUGACAUUGAGUGUGCCGUGAAGCUGGUCGGGACCAACUGUGUGCUGUACCCCGUCAACAGCAAAGACCUGCAGCACAUCUGGUCCUUCAUGUAUGGAGACUACAUAGCCUAUGACUUCUGGCUGGGGAAGGUGUAUGACCUGACCAAUCACAUCAUCCUCAAGCUGUCCAAUGGAGCCAGGUGUUCCAUGACGGUGGAGGACGGCGCCAAGCUGUACGACGUCUGUCCCCACGUCAGUGACUCGGGGCUGUUCUUCGACGAGGCGUACGGCUUCUACCCAGGCCAGGUGCUGAUUGGUCCUGCCAAGGUGUUCUCCAACGUCCUGUGGCUGUCCGGCGUCAAGCCCGUGCUCAGCAAGAAGAGCAAGUUCAGGGUCGUGGUCGAAGAGGUCCUGGUGGUGGAGCUGCAGGUGACGUGGAUCACUAAGAGCUACUCCCCCAAGGGCUCGGACAGCGUCUACCCCCCGCCAUCCAUCAUCACAACGGAGAACCUCUGCAGGGUGAGGAGGCUGGGAUACUAUGACCACACCCAGAGGCAGCUGGGAGAGCGGGCGCUCUACGUGUUCCCCGCCAAGGUGGACACCACGCGAAUCACCUGCGACGGCCCCGAGGGGGCGCCCCUGCUGCCGGAAGACCCCGUGGCUCGGAGGUUGAAAAGAAUGUUCAAGAAGGAGUCCGGCAAGAAGACGGCAGAGACUGCAGACACACAAGGUGCCAACCAGCACUCGGCAGAGAAGACUGAGAGCCCAGAGGGGGAACGCAACUCCGACCCGCACCACACGUCGACCGCGCCGGCCCCCAACCACACGGACGGCCCCCAGCCCCGCCGUCACCCCGGCGACGGGGGCGGCGCCCAGGACGGUCCGGCGUGGGCGGAGCCCGGGGAGCCCGACGCGGACGACGAGGCGGCGGCGGAGGACACGGACGACACCAGCUCCCUGACGUCGUCGGCCAGCUCCACGGCGUCGUCACAGAGCGGCGGGCCCGGCGCCGGCCGGAAGAAGAGCAUCCCGCUGUCCAUCCGCAACCUGAAGAGGAAACACAAGAAGAAGAGGACCAAGUUCUCCCGGGAGUUCAAGCCUGGCGACAGAGUGGCCGUGGAAGUGGUGUCCACCAAGACCUCGGCCGACGUCAUGUGGAAGGACGGCCGAGUCGAAUUUGGCAUCCGCUCCAACGACCUCAUCCCCAUCCAGCACCUGGACAACCACGAGUUCUGCCCCGGAGACUUUGUCGUCGACAAACGACCUCAAGCCUCCCAGGACCAAGGCGUGUACGGGGUCAUUCAGUCUGGGGAUCACAAGGGCAGGACGUGCGCCAUCAAGUGGAUCAAACUCAACACCGCCAGCGACGACGUGGAGGUCAUAGGAGAGGAGGAGGACGUGAGCGUCUACGACCUCGCCGACCACCCCGACUUUCACUUCCGCACCACCGACAUCGUCAUCAGGAUAGGGAACUCGGACACGGAACAGAACAUGGCCGGCGAGAACGAGACGUACGUGGGCCAGGUGUCCAGGGUGGACGUGAGCAGCAAGGUGGAGGUGGUGUGGGCCGACAACUCCAAGACCAUCGUCCUGCCCCAGCACCUGUACAACGUGGAGUCUGAGAUCGAGGAGACGGACUACGACUCGGUGGAGGAGACCAGCAGCGGCCUGUCCACCGAGGAGUGGGAGGACGAGAGCGACAGCUGGGAGACGGACAACGGCGUCAACGAGGACGACCACAACGCCGAGAACGCCGCUCAGACCCCGCAGGCGUCCGCGGGGCCCUCGCCCCUCAUCAUCUCCCCGGACGAGGGCACCAAAGCCGGGGCCACCCCCACCAAGCCGCCCUCCGCCGGAGGCGAGGACCCGCCCGAGGGGGCUGUCGCUAGCCCGGCUAGCGGAGGAGGAACCACCCCGGGAGGAGGAGGAGCGACGGCGGGCGACGGCGGGGAGAAGCCCGGAAAAGAGGGCACGCCCCGGGGCUUCCGCGAGCUGAAGGAGGCCCUGAAGAUCCUGGAGAGCCUGAAGAACAUGACGGUGGAGCAGCUGUGGACCGGGGGCUCGCCCACCUCCCCCACCUCGGCGGAGCCCGCCUCGGCCGCCAGCGUGCCCGCCGCCCCCCACCACCCCCGCGCCGCCACCGCCGCCCCGGAGAAGCCCACCAAGGAGAAGCGCUUCCUGGACGACAUUAAGAAGCUCCAGGAGAACCUCCGCAAGACGCUGGACAACGUGGCCAUCGUGGAGGAGGAGAAGAUGGAGGCGGUGGUGGAGGGGGGCGGGGGCGGGACGGAGGGCGAGGAGAAGGCCGGCGAGGAGAGGCCACAGCAGGAAGCCCAGACGCCGGUGACGGCGGCGGCGGAGUGGCCCAGGGAUUGGUCCAGUGACACGCCCGUCCUAUGCAAGCAGUGCGGGGGCAAGUCGGGCGUCACCUUCACCAGUGCCAAGGGAGAGGUGUUCUCUGUGCUGGAGUGGGCACCAGACACCCACACCUUCAAGCAGAUGGAGUUCCAGCCGGCGGAGGCUAAGAAGUUCUUCAGCACCGUGAGGAAGGAGAUGGCUCUGCUGGCCACCUCUCUCCCCGACGGCAUCAUGGUCAAAACCUUCGAGGACCGCAUGGACUUGCUCUCGGCCCUGAUCAAGGGGCCCACGCGGACCCCGUACGAGGACGGCCUGUUCCUCUUCGACAUCCAGCUGCCCAACAUCUACCCGGCGGUGCCCCCUCUGUUCCGCUACCUGUCCCAGUGCGGCGGGCGCCUCAACCCCAACCUGUAUGACAACGGCAAGGUCUGUGUCAGCCUGCUGGGCACCUGGAUAGGCAAGGGCACAGAGAGAUGGACCAGCAAGUCCAGCUUACUGCAAGUGCUGAUCUCCAUUCAAGGUCUGAUCCUGGUCAACGAGCCGUACUACAACGAGGCGGGCUUCGACAGCGACCGCGGCCUGCAGGAGGGCUACGAGAACAGCCGCUGCUACAACGAGAUGGCCCUCAUCAAGAUGGUCCAGUCCAUGACCCAGCUCCUCCAGAACCCCGUGGACGUCUUCCAGCAGGAGAUCCGCCAGCACUUUGCCUCCAGCGGCUGGCGGCUAGUCCACCGCCUAGAGUUCUGGCUGGAGCUCCACGAGUCCGCCGAGAGGGGCCCGCCGCCUCCGCCGGCGCCGCCCAGGCCCUCCAGGGACAGGCCUCCCUCGGUGGAGCCCCUGGACGAGCAGCUGCCCCUGGGGCCGGGGCCCCUGGCCCGCAGCAGCCCCGGCAAGCCGGCCGCAGAGGAGGAGGAGGAAGAGCUGGAGGACUCGGGCCUGAGCCCGUCCACCACGCACGCCCAGACGGAGCUGAGCCAGAGCUCCGACUGCGACGGGCCGCCCGGGGACGGGGCUUGUUCCGGGUCGGACACGGCGCCGGCGGUCGUCGCCGGCACGGUGCGAGCGGCGUUGUCCUCGGACUCUGCCGCCGGGCCGGGGGGUCAGCCGGCGGUGCGGCCGAAGAAGAGGAGGAAGAGCUACCGCAGCUUCCUGCCGGAGCGGAGCGGCUACCCGGACAUCGGCUUCCCGCUCUUCCCGCUCUCCAAGGGCUUCGUGAAGAGCGUGCGCGGCGUCAUGCUGCAGUACCGCGCCGCCCUCGCCGCCGCCGGCAUCCCCGAAGUCCGAGAGUAAGUGCCUCCCCCCCCCCGGCCCGACAUGCCCCUCCCCUGCCGAUCCUCCAUUUUUUUCGGCCCCUCCCCUAAAGCUGCACUGUGCCCCCCCCUUCAUCACUGCCCUGCCCGGUCAACGAUCCCCACGCCCCCCCCCCUCCGCUGCCUACCUGUGCCACCUCCUCCAGUCCCCCCAACUGUCUUGUCCUCCCCCCGCCCCAUCUCCUCUGAAGCGGCCCUCUGUCCUGUAGUACCGUUAGAGAGCGGGAGACUGCUGGAUGCGUUGUAUUUAAUAGGAAGAACUACAACUCCCAGGUCCCCGUACGAGUGUGUGACUCGUGACGUCUGUUAUCUGCUCUGCUUUAGUGUUCCCACAGAAGUCACAUGUGCUCAGAUGUAAGGGGGGGGAGGAGGAGUGUGGGGGGGGUUACCUGGCUAUACAGGGACCAAAGCCAGGCCCCGCCACCUCCAGCCAUGCAGGGGCCACUGUUCUUGUGGGGAACCCCCCCCCCCCCCUUGCUUUAAAGGAUCCUCUGAGCGUUUGUGGAGACCUGGAAGGAACGCACGGCCCAGGAACUGUCGCCCGACCACACUUCCUGGGUCGACCAAGGCCUUGACUGCAGAUGGAGAGAGGAGAAUUGGGGUCAAAACAAAGGUGCCAUUGACUCCACUCUGCUGUGUUGAUAGCUGCUGUGAAUGGGGAUAGUUGUGGAAUCGACCUGAAUGGACUCCCCCCCCUCCCCCCAUAAUAGGGGGGUCUUUGCACAAAUUUCCCUUUUCGAUUUUGUCAGUUUGAACAAACAGGAUGGAGACUUUUCUUAAUGUUGCCAAGAUGUCCCGGGAUCUGCAGGGUCAAUAGGGGCGUCUGUAGACCCGAAAGCUGGGUUGAGCUUAAAGAACUACAUUUCCCAGCAUGCCUGAGUCCUUGACCCUUAACAGGGACCUAUAGUACUGGUUUCACUCCCUCUUUCCAUCAACCUGCACUCUGACUGAAGGACAAUCUUACAACCAAGAUCCCCACAUGACACAAUCAUGGAUGGACUUCUUUUUAAGUAGUUGUUACUGGUUGUUUGCAUUUUGUCGUCCUCUCUCUCUCUCUCCCCCCUCUCUCUCUUUCCCCCUCCCUCUCUCCCCCUAUCCCCCUCUCUC